GGAAACGACCAGCAGAUGACCCACCCCUCUCCGACUAGCUGAUCCUUCCAGCCUGAUUCAUGUUCUUUAUGAUUGUUUCUUCUGCCUUUUCUUCUUCAAGUCUCUGGUUCUGUUCCCAGAUUGGUGGGUUCCUCGUAUUCUUUCCACAAUGCAUUGUCCCUGAUCAACAUUCUAUUUGUUUGUGGACGGAGUAUCGUCGAGGUAUCAUUAUGGUUCCUGAUCCAGUCCCUUGGUUCAUCCAGUUAGGGCUUAGGGUUGGACCAUUUCUGUUCCACGUUUCAUCGUUCGUCGUUUCAUCGUUCGUCGUUUCAUCCUGGAUGCUCCAGUGGAAGAACAGAACAUGUGUCAUUAUGGAUUGACACCAGGAGAUGAGGAUAGUCCCCAGUCCACACCCAUGUGGUGUGAAUCAGUGGAGCUUCAGGGGACCGUUGUGGCCGCUGAUUAGCCCACCGGAGAAUGAUCGGAUGAUGAUG